UUCAUGUUUCUAUCUCAUGACGCUUGAUACAGCGAGAGCGACUUAAACAGGCGAUUACGGAAAUAACUGCUUAGCCUGAAUCAAAUAAAUAAAGGAUUAAUAUCGAGUGCACCACCUGUGUAAGCCCGUAACACCCGCCACAAUGUCCAGACAAGCCAACCGGGCAACAGACAGCAAGAAGAUGAACUCGGAGUUGUUCACACUGACUUAUGGGGCCCUGGUCACUCAGCUUUGUAAAGACUAUGAGAAUGAUGAGGAGGUCAAUAAACAGCUGGAUAAGAUGGGUUAUAACAUUGGUGUGCGUCUGAUCGAAGACUUCCUGGCACGCUCAAGCAUUGGCAGGUGUCAGGAUUUCCGAGAAACAGCCGAUGUCAUUGCUAAGGUUGCUUUUAAAAUGUACCUAGGAAUCACCCCAAGCGUGACCAACUGGAGCCCUGCAGGAGAUGAGUUUUCCCUUAUUCUCGAGAAUAAUCCACUGGUAGACUUUGUGGAGUUGCCAGAUAACCACAGCACACUCAUCUACUCCAACCUUCUGUGCGGCGUCCUCAGAGGAGCCCUGGAGAUGGUCCAGAUGGCGGUGGAUGUGAAAUUUGCCCAGGACACUCUGAGAGGGGACAGUGUGACAGAAAUCCGCAUGAAGUUCAUUAAGAGGAUUGAAGAAAACCUGCCUGCGGGAGACGAGUGAUGGAAACGCAGAGAUCACCUGAAUCCCAAAGAGGGAGGACUGAUUUAAACACAGAACACUUUCACACUUUAAAAGACGAACAUGAUUCACACCAUCAGACUGCGUGCUCAACUUUAACAGGAUGGUUACUUUUCUGGCAACAUAACAUCUCUAUGAGUCGAUGUGAACAUAAGAGGCUGAUGGAUGAUUCACUAAAAAGAUCUGAAUCGACUUUAUUUGUUACUAACCCAUGUUUAAAGACUCUUGUUGACAUCUUUUUCUCAUGAAUAGAGUGUUUUGUUUAUUUUUGUUCGGCACGAGGCGAGUAAGUCUUAUGCCAAGUUUUUGUUUGUUUGUUUGUUUGUUUUUUUUGGUCUAUUCUCUUCUUUGUUUUUUUGUUUUUUAAUGAAAUCACACUUUAUUGCUGCCAAUUAUUUGGCAUGUUAAUUUAUGAUGAUGUUCAGUAAAAGUGACAUUUGAUGUGA